UGAUCGAGAGAAGAGAGGGAGGCAGCGCAGGUGGGCAAGAAAGCCAAGAAAGCAAUAAGAGGAGGGCGAGCGACGGCAAUGGUGCCGCCGCGCGGGAGAUCGAGCAAGGGGCGGCAGCGAAUCGAGAUCCGCUACAUCGACAACAAGGACCGCCGGCAGGUCACCUGCACCAAGCGGCGCACCGGUCUCUUCAAGAAGACCAGCGAGCUCUCCGUGCUCUGCGGCGCCCACGUCGCCGUCGCCGUCUUCUCCUCCGCCACCGACAAGGCGUACGCGAUUGGCAACCCCUCCGUCGACCACGUCCUCCGCCGCUUCGACCCCCUCCCUGGCGACGACGCCUCAGCACUUGAGGACGACACCGACGCCAUCGCCGACCGAGAGGUGGUGGAGGCGACGCUGCGGCAGCUGGAGGAGACCAAGGCGCGCGUGGCCUCGGAGCAGGCGCGGAUGGACGCCAUCGGAGAGAAGGUGCUGCAGGCCAGGGGCGGGAGGUUGUUCUGGUGGGAGGCGGACGUGGAGGCCCUCGGGGAAGCGGAGCUGCCGGAGUUCGCCAGGGCGCUGCAGCGGCUCAGGGACAACGUGCGAUGCCGCGCCGAGCAGCUGCUCAAAGCUGGGGAAAGUUACAUAUGGAUGCAAUGACCGGGCUGCGUCUUGCUUGAUUUUCAGUAAGACAACUAAAAAUCUGACUUAACUCUGUAACUGAUGCUUUGUUUCGCCUGACGAACUUGCUUUGUUUCGCCUGACGAACUGCUUCCUAUUUUCUGAUUUUCUGCAUUUUGGUGGAAUUUGCUACUUU